AUGGUUUUAUUUACAUACAAAGGUUUGAAAUCUGAUACCAAUGAAUUAAGAAGGUUCGUGUCUGUUUUAGAGUCAUGGAAUUAUGAUCGGAUUAAUAGAUUUGAACGAGUUUUCGUUAAGCAUUUAGAGGCCUCAGAGGUGAACAUAGUGGAUACUCCAACGUACAACUUUCUGUGGAGAAAGAAGUAUCUUCUCCGAUGGCAGUUGCACCCGGCAAGAGCUCGUUCGGACUAUGAUUACCUCAUCGGCGAUAGCGGUGUGGGGAAAAGUUGCUUGUUACUGCGUUUCUCUGAUGAUAUUUUUACCACCAGUUUUAUUACCACCAUUGGAAUCGACUUCAAGAUAAGAACAGUCGAACUUGAUGGCAAGCGUAUCAAAUUGCACAUAUGGGACACUGCUGGACAAGAACGUUUUAGAACUAUAACCACAGCAUAUUACAGAGGAGCUAUGGGUAUAUUACUUGUCUAUGAUGUAACAGACGAGUCAUCCUUCAACAACAUUAGGAACUGGAUGAAGAACAUUGAGCAGCAUGCGUCCGAUAGUGUCAACAAAAUAUUGGUUGGUAACAAAGCCGAUAUGGAUGAAAGCAAAAGGGCUGUCCCAACAUCAAAGGGACAAGCUCUGGCUGAUGAGUAUGGAAUCAAGUUCUUUGAGACGAGUGCAAAAACAAACCAGAACGUCGAGCAGGUUUUCCUUUCUAUCGCGAAAGACAUAAAGCAAAGACUCACAGAAAGCGAUACAAAAGCCGAGCCCCAAGGGAUCAAGAUCACUAAACAAGACGCUAACAAAGCCUCAUCGUCUUCUACAACUGAGAAAUCAGCUUGCUGCAGUUAUGUUUAGAAGUUCUAUGGACCUGUUUCUGACCUCUUAAACUUUGAAUUAAUGCCAGAUGUUGUGUGUAAAAGUGGCUAGAGCAUGAGUUCUUUUUUGGGUUUUUUUUUUUCAGUUUAAGCUUAAAAUUCUUAAAAAGCUUCUUCGAGGCUAACUGUAUUUUCAAAUUCUCCCCUAAAGUAACCUUUUUCUCUAUGAGAAACAUCUAUAUGUUUUCUUGUUA